AUGCAUACUGCCUUGGCUUUGCAGAAGAAAGGCGGCUUGGAGAACCGAGCUGCGUGGGUGGAAGCUUUGAAGCAUUUCGAGGGGCGAGCGGCAAUGCGUAAGAAAUACCCUACUGACGCUUUGAAGGAGGCCGGUCAUAUCGGCUUACAUUGCUUGGACAACUUCAAGCUCUGGCUGCGAGCAAAUGUUUGCUCAGCUGAAGCCGGCAAGGAGAAGCCUACUUCCAAGCAAGCUUGGAUCCGCAAGAGAAAGGCAGCCGUGGACCAGGCUGCUCAAGAGGAGGAGCUAUGCACUCCUCCGAAACGUCCCAGUCUUGAACUUCCAGAGAGCUUGGCAAAGGAGCAGAGUAAGCAAAGAGCUUUGCAGAUGAAACGGAAAGCUGAAGCAUAUUUGGAAGGCACUCUUGUCGCAAAGGAAGCGACGCAAGAAGUCAAAGACGCAGCUGAAAUGAAACAGAAGAUAGAUGGUGGCAACGACAGGGAUCGUGCCCGCAAGUUUGCAGAUGCGUCGGCGAAACUGGCCGUAAGGCAAAACAAACAGGAUGUCACUUGGGCAAGGAAAAAGCUUCCACAGCCAGCCACACUGUUAGAUGUGGCGCCAGGGAUGGUCUUGGCAACGAAGCAAAAACUCAAGCAAGCGGGGGUGGCAACCUUUGUUCAGGAUCUGCGGCCGGCUAAGUACCUUGGGCGCACCCAGCGGGUCUUCGCAGCUGUCAUGGGUUGCGUGCUGCUGUCUGCGUCAAUCUUGAAUGGACAAAGCGGAGUCUAA